GGAUAUGAAAUCUUCCCGAUAACAGACAGAACAUUGUAUACAUCAUAAAUUUCAACUAAAACAAUGAGAACUCUUUUUGUCGCACUUCUCGGAAUACUCUGUGUAUUCAGCGUGGAGUCCGCUAACUUGGACGCUGUCCUCUGUGGACCCGUGUGUAUGAUCUGGUGUCCAUUUGGAAAUGUACAAGACGAGAAUGGCUGUCCUACCUGUCGAUGCCGAGGUGAACACACUACCACAACAAAGGAACCUAUAACUAAAGUAACACAGAACCUCUGCUCGGGAGUCAUGUGUGACAUCUAUUGCCCUCAAGGUCACAAAAUGGUGGACGGUUGCCCUGUCUGUGCUUGUAAAACAGACGAUAGUUGGGUCGGAUAAACUCUUCUACGUAUGUAAUGAAUACGGUAAA